GGUGGGCUACCUGGCAGGAUGUCUGGUUCGUGAACUGAGGGAGAGGCAGCCAGAGCUGGACAUCACCCCGCGGGACAUCCUCUGCGUGGAAAUCGCUGGGCUCUGCCAUGACCUGGGUCACGGGCCAUUUUCACACAUGUUUGAUGGGAGAUUUAUUCCACUGGCUCGUCCAGAUUUGAAAUGGAAGCAUGAAACUGCUUCAGUUGAAAUGUUUGAGCACCUGAUCAGUGCCAAUAAACUAGAAGAAGUCAUGAAGUCGUAUGGUCUUGUCCUGGAAGAGGACAUGAACUUCAUCAAGGAGCAGAUAGGGGGGCCCAUAGACGGCACCGCCUGCGAGCGCGCGUGGCCCUACCGUGGUCGGCAGAGGGAGAAGAGUUUCCUCUAUGAGAUAGUGGCUAACAAAACGAACGGCAUCGACGUGGACAAGUGGGAUUAUUUUGCAAGGGACUGCCACCACCUGGGCAUCCAGAACAACUUCGACUACAAGCGGCUGCUGAAAUUCAUCCGGGUGUGUGAGGCAGAAAACCAGAAGCACAUCUGUGCCAGGGACAAGGAAGCUGGGAACUUGUAUGAUAUGUUCCACACACGGAACUGGCUGCACCGACGAGCGUACCAGCACAAGACUGGCAACAUCAUUGAGAUCAUGAUUACAGAAGCCUUCCAAAAAGCAGACAAGUUUGUAAAGAUAGAAGGCUCUGGAGGGAAGGUGUACCAGAUUUCUACAGCGAUGGAGGACAUGGAAGCCUACACUAAGCUAACUGAUAAUAUCUACCUGGAAAUCCUGCACUCCAGUCGUCCAGAGCUGAAGGAGGCACGAGAAAUUCUGCGUAAAAUAGAACGACGGGAGUUGUACAAGUUUUUAGGAGAGACUCGACCUGAAACAAUGAGGAACAUUGUGAAGAACAGCAGCCUGGCAGAAAGCUUUGCUAAUUCCAAGCCAGAAAAGGAUCCUCCAGAUGUGGAGCUAAAGGCUGAAGAUUUCAUCAUUGAUGUCAUCAAUAUGGAUUAUGGCAUGAAGGAACAGAAUCCCAUUGACAACGUUCUCUUCUAUUGCAAGGCUGAUCCUACCAAGGCAGUCAAGAUCAGUAAAGAUCAGGUUUCAAAGCUGUUACCCAUGACGUUUGCGGAGCAGGUUAUCCGGGUUUACUGCAGGAGUCAGGACCCAGACAUCAUUUCAGCUGCAAAGCAGUAUCUAAUUCAGUGGUGCAUAGAGAACGACUUCACCAAGCCGCAGGAUGGUGACGUGGUUGCCCCUCACCUAACGCCGAUGAAGGAGAGCUGGAACAGCAGGAGGGGUGCUGAGCACCGGCCAGCUGCAGCAGCCAGCUGCAAACAGAGGCUUGCUUUUGAUAAGUGA